AUGUCUCCACCUCCAGAGGACGGUGUCUUCCUCUACAUGGUGCCAAGGGGUGUUUGUGAAGCGUAUCUCGAAGGAGGACGUGGUCGAGAAACAAGAAUAUACUUUUUGUCAUUGGUCCCUGGACUCACCUCAGAUGACAUCAAUGAUGAGGAUGGCUUCCAGCUGGAUGUUUUGCACUUGAAGAAGGAUGAUGGUCGGUGUGGAGGACUCCCUACUGUGGAAAAUGGUAGUGGGAUUCUCCAAGAUUCUUCAGGAUUUCUGGCAAGACCAACUUCCACUGUGUUAACGCCCUGCAGAAGCUCAAGGAGUUAUGAACUAUGA